UUGCAGGCUUUUUUUUGUAGUUACGCACUGCCGUAGUAGUGUAAUCAUAUUGUGAAAAUCCGAAUAAUACUAUCAAAAGAUGAGCGCAGUUGAUGAGCGAGUCGCCGAAAAGAGGAAAUUGGAGGAGAAAGAUACUGAGAAUGGUGUGGCCGCUAAAGGAGCCAAAAUUGAGAAUGGGAUUGUUGCGGCUGCAGGUGAUGCGCAGGUCAGAGAUUUAAGACCAGAUAAGAAUGCUUCCCUGAAAGAAAACAAAGAAAAGACAGCAAAUGAAAAUCAUGAUGGCGAACAUGAAGAGGACGGUGAGGAAGCAGCGGAUGGUGAAGAGGGUGUCGAAGAAUCGAGCGGUGGUGAGGAUGAUGAAAGUUUAGGUGACGAGGAAGAUGGAGGUAGUGAAGAUGAUGAGGCGAGCAUUGGAUCCGAGGAAAGCGAUGGCCAAGGUGAUGGUGAAGGGGGUGAUUUUGGGGAGGAUGACGAUGUGGAAGGUGAGGAAGGUGGUGAAAGCGAAGAAUAAAGAUUAUAGUGAUGUCGAUGCCUAUUACAAAUUCUAUAUGCCGUUUUUUGUCGUCUGUUUGUUAAUCUCGAUCUUACAAUUUAUGGAAGGGUUACUCUGUUUCCAAGGUACCAGUUUGUGGAUUAAUAGUUGUAAGUUUUCAGAUAUCGUUUCUGCAUAUUUUGACUUAUUUUCGUAGGCA